AUGGCCACGACCUUCUCUACGGUGACGGCCAUUCCGCAACAGCACCAGCACGCACCCUACCAGCACCAUGCAUACCGUAAGUCGACCCAGUCGCAGUACUCGCCCACCAAUUCUGGCAUGAUGAACCCUCCCGCCAACAUUUCGCCCACAUCCCCGCGCAACACGCAGCUGCCCCUCGGCCGCCAUCAGGGCAUAUACCAGCCCAGGACCGCCAUCGGCAUCCCCGCUGCCCUGCGCAGGACUGAGAAGCCCGCCAACAAGUCCCCGCCAAAGGCCGACUCGGCCCUCAGCUCUCCCAACCACGCGUGGUCUGUCGGCGGCACUUACGCCUGGAACGCGAGUGAAAGUAGCGCGACGACCAUCUCUCAAGUCGGCAACGAGGACAUGAAGAGCCUAUACAACGACGAACCAUUGUCACCCGUGUCCAGCCCAAUCACACGCAACCACUGGCAGGCUGACGGAUCCACUCCGGUAUGUACGGCGCAGUCAUGCCAGCAGCCCUUUACUCUCUUCCAGCGUCGCCACCAUUGCCGCAAGUGUGGCGGUAUCUUUUGCUGGCAACACUCCCGCAACCAGGUCCGUCUUGACGAGCUUGCACUCUUCCAUCCAGAGGGCCAUUGGCAUCGCGCUUGCGACCGUUGCCAUAGUUCUUUCCGCGAGUGGGAGCACCUGAGGUCUCGUGGCAGCAUGAGCAGUCACAGCUCGGGUGACAACGCCCCUGCCUCAGCAAAGUCCAUCGAGGCCCCUGCUCCUGCGAAGCGAGUGGAGAACAACCGCGUGGGUAGCCUCGCACAGAGCCUCCAGGGCACUUGGAACUGGAGCACUUUCUGAGCACUGUCCGCACCCCCCCGAGUCUCCACACCUUUUGCACGGAUGCACUCUUAGUCCUGACGGGCCUCCUCUUCAUGAUAUCCGGAACCACGACUACUUUUAGCGUGGUAUCCAUUCUCUUUUACCUCCUCUGAUGGAGCAUCUGCAUACUGCAUCUCACCGGCGUUUGUUUUCCUGGCAUGGUCUCCGUCUUUGUUGCGAUUCAGCGUUUUCCUUUGCCUAUGUGUGGCGUAGUCAUAGAGAGCAGUCCCUGCCGGCGCCGAGGUAAACUGCAUUACGGCCGAUUCGAUUUCCAGACUAAUGAUUGCCGAUUCGAUACCUGCUAGACGGCUGAUGGAUGGAUCGAAGAUGAUGGCGAUGACGAGGUGGAUGUCGGAGGCAUGGUCGAAAUGACCUGGCGUUUGUUUUCCUGGUUGCAGCUUCAACUGGCAUUGUGGGUUUGUUAAUGCGUGUAUUGUUCUACAGGUCAGACGGCGUAAUAAGUAGCAGAGCCUCGACAAGAGUUGAUGAUUGAUAGUUUCAGUUGAAAUGAAUAUUGGUAAAGUC